AUGGAGGAGAUGGAGAUGGAGAUCGAGGUCCUCCCAUCCAUGUGGCCGGAGGACAUCGACAGCGAGAAGCCAUACAACGUCGAGAGGCCAGCCGGGGACGGCGAGCAAGACAUGCUUGAAGAAGUCACAAUCAGGGCGGCAGCCUCCGCCGUCGACUUCCACCACCUCAAGGCUCUCACAAGCUACACCGAUCGCGGGUCGCACCAGAUGUCCCACCUGAUGAGACACUGGGAGCACCAGCAGGCCAACGCCGUGCGGCUCCUGAGGGAAGAGCUCGACAUUCUCAGCAGGCAGAGGGAGGAAGUGGAGCUGAAGAAGUUGGAGAUAUUGGAACACUUCCAGUUCGAGGAAGACAACUGCAAGCGGCCAAUCUCGAUACUUGACAAGCACGUCGAACUCUACGGCGAUGGGGUUCCCCGGAAGAAGUUCGUCGAUUUCGUUGUCCGGAGUGACAGGAGGGUCGAGCUGGCUGCAGAAUCUGAUACCGUGGCGUAUUGGAAGGCUCGUGCCGCGAAUUUGGAGAAGCUGCUGGAGGCUAGCGUGCACCGGGAGCAGAUACUUGUGGAGAAGCUUGAGGAGAAUAUGAAGGAAUUGGAAGGGCAGGGUUCCCCUGUUGAGGAACUGUCUCAGAUUCUGAAGCGGGCUGACAAUUUCUUGCAUUUUGUACUUCAGAACGCCCCAGUCGUCAUCGGCCACCAGGACAAGGAGUUGAAGUAUCGGUUUAUAUAUAACCAAUAUCCAAGCUUGAAUGAGCAGGACAUACUGGGGAAGACGGAUGUGGAGAUAUUUAAAGGAGCAGGUGUGAGGGAAUCUCAGGAUUUCAAGAAGGAAGUACUUGAGAAGGGGGUGCCAGCAAAGAGAGAGAUCGCAUUCGAGACGGAGCUAUUCGGGUUGAAGACGUUUCUGAUAUAUGUUGAACCCGUGUUCAGCAAGACAGGAGAGACGAUUGGUGUUAAUUACAUGGGAAUGGAUGUCACUGAUCAGGUGAGGAAAAGAGAGAAAAUGGCGAAGAUCAGAGAGGAGAUUGCUGUGCAGAAAGCAAAGGAAACUGAACUGAAUAAGACGAUCCACAUAACAGAGGAAACCAUGCGAGCCAAACAGAUGCUAGCAACAAUGUCUCACGAGAUAAGAUCGCCACUAUCUGGCGUUGUGAGCAUGGCAGAGAUUCUGUCCAACACGAAACUUGAUCGAGAACAGAGGAAUCUUCUGAACGUCAUGAUAUCUUCAGGAGACUUGGUGCUUCAGCUCAUAAACGACAUACUCGACUUGUCCAAGGUUGAGUCAGGUGUUAUGAAGUUGGAAGCCACCAAAUUCCGGCCCAGAGAAGUGGUCAAGCAUGUCUUGCAGACUGCUGCUGCUUCAUUGCAGAAAGUUCUAACCCUGGAAGGACGCAUAGCAGAUGAUGUUCCAAUCGAGGUCACUGGAGAUGUUCUAAGGAUUAGACAGAUACUCACCAACCUGAUCAGCAAUGCGAUUAAGUUCACACAUGACGGGAAGGUGGGAAUAGACCUUUAUAUAGUAUCAGACCCAGGCUGCGGAAGAGCAGAAGAAAACCACAAGUUAAUGCUUGAUCAAGUAACCGCAAAUGGACGAAAGGAAGAGCAAUGUACAUCGACAUCACAAAGUUGCAAUGGUCAUCAAAAUGGUUAUCAUGAUGAUAACAAACAUGCAGAUGGUGCUUCUCAUAACCAUAAGCUAAAUGACAAUGAGCCUAGAACGCCAGUGAAGAAUGAAAAUACAAGAGACAGAGGAGGAGAAGAAGAAGAGGAAGAAGAGUGCCACGUACAAGAAACAACAGUCUGGCUACGAUGUGAUGUUUAUGACACUGGGAUAGGAAUCCCAGAGAAUGCUUUGCCAAAUCUCUUCAAAAAGUAUAUGCAAGCCAGCACAGAUCAUGCUCGAAAAUAUGGUGGCACCGGUCUUGGUCUUGCAAUAUGCAAACAGCUGGUUGAACUGAUGGGGGGACAGCUAACUGUGACAAGCAGAGUGAACCAUGGCUCCACAUUCACCUUUGUGCUACCGUACAAAGUAUCACCAGCUUGUGAUUCAUCCUCAGAUGAUCAAGAUGAGCUAAGUGAUAUGACUGAUCAUAACAAUGCCUCUGUCUCUGAUCAGGAUGAAACUGCUGGUUUCUUCCAAUUCCAACCACGUCUUUUAGGCUCCCUAUUUUCAUCGUCCAAUGGUCCCAUCAGGAUCCCAAAAUUGGUACCUAAUACCUUUGGUAAUACUAAUUCUCCCCCGCUCAAUGGGUUCCUAGAAGAUGGAAACAGCUCAUUUCCUUCCUCCGAUAUCGGAUCAAAAGAGACAACAACUUCAGUUGAGGACGCCUACUCCACUGUUGAAUCUAUAGGGACAACAUCUGAACCAGGAACUUUAUUCGGUAGUGUAAGCAAGGAAUGCCAGAAUGGUGAAUUGAGAAGCACAGAGUCAAUUAGAAGAACGAACUCAGAAGAGAGCACUAGCGGUUCCCAAGGAUCAUGUCUUUCAACGGAGAAUCAUGACAGAAGUUCUCAGCAAUGCUCAUCAAGUGGCAACAACACAUCACAUGCAGAAGCAGACAAAGUAAAACCGAAGCCUAGGAUCCUACUAGUCGAAGACAACAAGAUCAAUGUGAUGGUGACUCAAUCCAUGAUGAAGCAGUUAGGCCAUAGCAUAGAGGUAGUGAACAACGGAAUUGAAGCAGUGAAGGCAAUACAACGGCGCUACUAUGAUCUCGUUCUAAUGGUAAACUCUUCUUCUAAUGUCUGUCAAACCGAACGGUUACUACUCGCAGACUCCAAAACCAAAAAGGGAUGGUUUUUAUGCAGGAUGUACACAUGCCAGUCAUGGAUGGUCUUCAAGCUACAAGGAUUAUACGUUCUUUCGAGGACACUGGAAAUUGGGAUGAAGCAGCCAAGGCAGGAAUAGAGCUACCAGCAGCUUCUUCAGAAUCUUUAACAAAUGGGCAUAGCUCUCAUCCCAAUUCCAGAGAUCGGAUCCCUAUAAUCGCUAUGACAGCAAAUGCACUAUCCGAAAGUGCAGAGGAAUGCUAUGCAAAUGGGAUGGACUCGUUUGUUUCGAAACCCGUAACCUUCCAAAAGCUCAAAGCAUGUAUGGAUGAAUACCUGCCUUGAUAGCGCUCUUCCUCACCCCCACACUCAUGUAUGUAUAUUCUUUGUGUGAUGAUUGUGUAUACAAGUGAACAGCAGAAUGAAUGAUAGGGAAAUUUUUGUAAUCAGUAUAUCAAUGUUUCCGAAGAAAAGAGUAGCGAAAUACUAAUAGAAGCUGUAUAUUCUCCAUUCCCAGCAAAAAAAAUCCAACCUAAAACCCUAAUCCUCUAGUCAGGUAGCUAAGCAGCAAUUUGAUCACCUCCGAUUAACCCUAAUUGUGACAGUAUUGAAGCAGAGGAAAGAAAUCAAACCGUGUCUCUUUGCCGGUCUUCCAGCAUAAUAGUGGUUUACCGGCGAAGGGCGGUGCCGUCUGGCUGCGAAUCUCCGGCAAUCGCCAUUGCUCGCCGCGAAUUGUUUGACGCCCAGUUGACUCGCCAUGAUUAAGGCUGAAUCAUAGGAAAAUCGAAUUCGACUCCGCUUAAUUUUGCAGCAACGGGUGGCUGUGUGGACUCUGGCCACUGGUUGCUGCAUCGAGCCGAUCGCAUGACCUUCGAAGGAAGAUAAAG